AUGGACGCCACGGAGAAGCAGCACCUGUUGGACGCCAGGCCCGCAGUCCGGUCAUACAUGGGAUCUCUGUGGCAGGACGGGGCUGGCUGGAUCCCUCUGCCCCGACCUGGCCUGGACUUGCAGGCCAUUGAGCUGGCUGCCCAGAGCAACCAUUACUGCCAUGCUCAGAAGGGUCCCGACAGUCACUGUGACCCCAAGAAGGGGCAGGCCCGGCGCCAGCUCUAUGUAGCCUCUGCUAUCUGCCUGUUUUUCAUGAUUGGAGAAGUCGUUGGUGGGUACCUGGCACACAGCUUGGCUGUCAUGACCGACGCAGCGCACUUGCUCACUGACUUUGCCAGCAUGCUCAUCAGCCUCUUCUCCCUCUGGAUGUCCUCCCGGCCAGCCACCAAGACCAUGAACUUCGGCUGGCAGAGAGCUGAGAUCUUGGGAGCCCUAGUCUCUGUACUGUCCAUCUGGGUCGUGACUGGGGUACUGGUGUACCUGGCUGUGGAGCGGCUGAUCUCUGGGGACUAUGAGAUCGAAGGGGGGACCAUGCUGAUCACGUCGGGCUGUGCUGUGGCUGUGAACGUCAUAAUGGGGUUGACCCUUCACCAGUCUGGCCAUGGGCACAGCCAUGGCACCACCAACCAGCAGGAGGAGAACCCCAGCGUCCGAGCUGCCUUCAUCCAUGUGAUCGGGGACUUUCUGCAGAGCAUGGGCGUCCUAGUGGCAGCCUAUAUUUUAUACUUCAAGCCGGAAUACAAGUAUGUAGACCCCAUCUGCACCUUCUUCUUCUCCAUCCUGGUCCUGGGGACAACCUUGACCAUCCUGAGAGAUGUGAUCCUGGUGUUGAUGGAAGGGACCCCCAAGGGCGUGGACUUCACAGCUGUGCGGGAUCUGCUGCUGUCGGUGGAGGGGGUGGAAGCCCUGCACAGCCUGCAUAUCUGGGCACUGACCGUGGCCCAGCCUGUUCUGUCUGUCCACAUUGCCAUUGCUCAGAAUACAGAUGCCCAGGCUGUGCUGAAGACAGCCAGCAGCCGCCUCCAAGGGAAGUUCCACUUCCACACCGUGACCAUCCAGAUCGAGGACUACUCGGAGGACAUGAAGGACUGUCAGGCAUGCCAGGGCCCCUCGGACUGACUGCCCAGCCAGGCACCAACUGGGGCAUGGACAGGAACUGCAGGUGGCUGGACUGAGUGUCCCCCAGGCCCAGGCAGGACUUUGCCUACCCCAGCUGUGUUAUAAACCGGGUCCCCCUCCUGAUCUCUGCUCCAUGUUCAGUGCGGAGCCUUGUCCCACUUCAGGAAUGGAGCUCUUCUCGGCCUCCCCAUCUGACUACAGCCAGCGCCAGGGUGGGGACUCAGCAGGUAUAAAGCUAGUGUGACCCUGCUCUUCCAGCUCCUGGGCCAGCUCUGGAAGGGCUGUAUUUGGGCCUAAUCCUAAGCAAAUGUCGUUCUACCACUCGCAGGGGCAAAGGCGGUGAGCCAUGGGAUGUCCAAAGGGAGGCUGGCCCCAGCGCACCUGUACUGCCUGCCUCAUCCCCCAUUCUCAGCCUGGCUGGCCUUUGCCUUUAUGAAUCUGAGCCCCUCCCUCUGCCUAUAGCAAUAGGCACGGGGGUGAGGACGCUCACACUCUCAUUUGAGCCUCCUUGAGGCAGGGAGCCAGGAGGCACCUGAGGCCUGUCUGUGCCUCAGUCACUUCAGCUGUGAGCCAAAUGUUCCCUUUCCUGGAGGGGAGAGGCCUCUUACUAGGUAAGGGACAGGUUUCCUCUUUCUUAUUCCCUCAGCUGUGCCAACACAAAACACAACCUUGGCACAGGCGGUGGGUGGAGGGUAGAGAGAUUUCAGUUUGGGUUCUGCGCUAACAGCCUCCAAGCCCCUUGGCACUUCUGUUGCUCUGAGAGUGUCCCAGGGGAUUCAGAGUCUCCAGCAAGAUAUGGCUGGGCCAGCUCUGCUGCCUACCUGGCCUGACCCAGUCGGAGCCUGGCAUGGUGGAGGGAGAGGGAGAGAAGCGGGGCUGCACUCGGCCCAGAGGCCAGCUAGGAGGGAGACCGUGGCUUCCUGGGGCUUGUGUGUGAAGAUUCCUGACUUACGGGUGGCUUAUGUUUACAAGAUGCAAGAGGGGAGAUCUGUCCCCGACUCAUGGAGACAACAUGCCCAGUUAUCAG